GGGAGCCGUUGCAGAGGUGUCAACCUCCCAAAACAAUCCGUGUUGCCUAGGUUACUCCCAAUCAGUCUGUCUGUCAGAGAUUAUUGUUGUUUUGAUAUUAAAAAAGUGCAGGGACGAACUGAGUUAUAAUCAUUCAGAGAUCUGCAAAUGGAAGAAGUCUCCCUGUCGUCGACCCCACUCAAAACACUGCUUUCCCAACGGAUCCCCCUUACCGUAGGAUAGAGUUGUGAGAGUUAUACUCCAGCAGUUUAUUGUAAGAUAGGUGGGGACUGAAGAAAUAUGAUCAGAAGAAUUAAGAAAUCACCAGAUUAAUUUUUGCAUGAGGAUGGAAGUAAACUGAAGGUUGUGGUAUGGAUGCAAGACAAAUGAUUGAAGAGGAAGCGCUCGAUGACCCAGACUUUGCAUCACAAUUGACAGCAAAAGUUACUGCAGUUACAAAUGGAGUAUACGGCUUUGGACAAAGCUUGCAUCCUGUUUCAUCUGGCUUGCCAUCUCUUGGGAAAGAUGUUCAACAUGUCACUCCAGAUGAGGAAAGUUUAUCAUCAAUAACUGUAAACAUCAGCUGCCCACAAGGAUGCCCUCGCACCUUUGCAAAUUCCUCUGCUCUUCGACUUCAUUUGAAACAGGUGCACCACAAGUCAGAUGAUGAUUCCUUGGGCCUCAAACCUGGAUCAAAUGUAUGGUAUCACUGCCCUGUCAAGUCUUGUGUAUAUCAUGAAGAUUUGGGAUCACUGGGAAAACAUUUUCCUAAACUUAAAUAUUUAAAGCAGCAUUACUUAAAGGUUCAUGCUACUCGUUCACAUACCUGUGAAUGUGGGAAAGCUUUCAGCACUUCUGCCCUUCUAGCACAUCAUAAACGUGUUUGUGGAAUCAGUCUCAUGUGUGUCUGUGGCCGUAAUUUUUCCCGUUUUGAAGCUCUUCAAACACACGCUCGUCGAAUGUCCCAUGUUAUUCACUCAUCAACAUUACAGGCGCUAAGGUCCAGAAAAAUUGCUCUCUCUGAUCCUUUGGUACUCGCACAAUCAGCAACUAACCAUCAGGAUGUGUGGACUCAUGGGAUUCCCAUAAGGUACCCAAGACUUGAAGAUGGUUCCAAAAAAGAUGGCUCUGUUGGAGUAACUGUUUCACCCUCCCCUUCUUCGUCCUCACGAACUGUCCCUCAAGCCAUAUGUCCUGCCCCAACCACCAUAUGUCCCACUCCCUCUACCUUCACCCAAGUCACAUCUCUGAACCUGCGUCACCCAAUCCACUUUCUUGCUGCAGUUGCAUUAGGAGAAAUUACUGUUACUGCCAUGAAAAGGACACCAUGUGUAGAUGUUGGUGUACAAACAGAGGCAGAGGUAAUGAGGAGGUCAAGAAGAAAAUCUUCAAGUCCAGGUAGAUGGGAGCCCUAUGGGAGUUUUGGAAGCAGUACAAGAAAUUCUAAUAAAAGAAAACGAACCACAGAAACACAAACAAGAUUAACACACAGGGGCAAUAAAAAAAGGAACACAGAUUCAUGUGAUCAGAUAUCAUCCAAAGCAACAAUAGGAGGGGUCUGUGUAGAGGGUACCAUGGAAAUAAAUGGAAAUACUGAAAGUGAAUCCAGCUUUCUAGAAGUUAGUGCAGAUAACUGUAGCAACAGUGAAAAUUCUUUAGAGUCUCUUACCUUACAAAUUGACCUGCCAGAACUAAUUAGCACUCAGAGUUCAUCUGGAACACAAACAAGCCCUCGCGCUGGUGGUCUUGCGCACACUAGCAUGCAUAACAUCUCCAUUUCUCUCUUUGAUCGAGCUUGUGGCGGUGAUGAACCAACCAUUAGCCCUCCAUCUGUCACGACCAUUACUGCUACUCAGACCCCCCAACAUCUUGAUCCCUUUGCAGGGUCACAUUUACUCAUAGAGGAAGAUGAAGAUUUACUUGAUGUUGUUGAGGAAGCUUCAUCUUCAAUGAAUGGACAUCCUCCAUUGCUUGCACAUAUUCGUUCUUCAAGCAUAGAAACUCAAACAGACCAUGAUGUUCUGCUAAGUGAGAAUGCUGGCACACCAGAUGAUGUUGAUGAAAUCAUUUUAACUAAUACAGAAACACAAACUGAUACUAAUAAUAUACUUAACAUGAGUGGUAACACUUCUUAUGAACCCUCUAAUCCCUGCCAAGCAGCUGGGACAUGUGAUGUUCAUGGGAGUGACAGUAUAUGGUGCACCAGUGAAACACAAACUUACGAGGAUUUCUCUGACAUUGAGCAGUUCAUGCGUUCAACCAUACACACUCAAACCCCAGAUCACAGUCAUAGUGAACUCUUCCCCGAACUGUCAUUCACCCAUACACAAACUCAAACAAGCAUUGACGACCCACCAGCACUGGUCACCACCCAUACCCAGACUCCAACCCAUACGCAUUUUCCAACAGAUUUAUACUGAUGAGAUGGUAUGUAACAUAUGUGAAUAUAAUAAGGAAUAUAUCUUUUAUUUGAUACAUCAAUUGCGUAGCCUUAAUUAAAUGCUUAAAAGAAA